CCUCGAGGAUCUCUUGUGUAUGGCAUUACAAUCAAACAUUUUCAUUUUUUCCAGGGAAGUUCACAAAUACAAUGAUAUUAUAAACAACAGAAGUGAAUGGGUCAAGCUCAAUAUAGAACAAGAUAUUCAUGAUCAUCAUUCAGUGAAAUGGUUCGAUGUCGGCUAAACAGAUAAAGAGGUCAAAUAAAUACCUAUAGUUUGAUUUCAAUCUCUGGCGUUUCAACUGUUGGCAGGUACUUCAGUUUGUGGAUUACUAUCUGAAAUUUGUUUGCGUACUUGCUUUUUAAUGACACUUUGAUAACACAGACAGUGAACCAAAAUGCAGUCGGAACUGGAGGAGAAGAGAAAAAUGAUGGCCAAACUUGAAAAGGUUCCUCAGCCAGAAUUUGAAGGAGUUUCGUAUCCAUCAUUUAUGCCGUUUAGGAAAAAAGGAGCCAAAAAUGUAAUUGAAGAUAUAAUGAAUGUCAAAUCUAGAGAUUCAGAUAUAAUAAUCUGCACGUAUGCAAAGUCAGGAACACAUUGGACUUAUGAAAUAGUGAAUAUGUUACUGAAAAAUACGACAGAACUAGACAAUAAGAGCAAAAUGCAAGGCAUGUUAGAAGCAGUUGAAGAUUUGACUGUGCUAGAAGGUGUUCCCUCACCAAGGAUUAUGGACACGCAUUGCCUAUUUAAAUAUUUACCAAAGCAACACAAAGAAAAAAAGGUCAAAAUUGUGCACAUGAUUCGAAAUCCUAAAGAUGUAUGUGUUUCAUAUUAUUAUCACUGUUUAAAAGAUGUGUUUAUCAACUUUGAUGGAACAUGGGAGGAAUUUUUUGAACUGUUUAUGUCUGGAAAACAGCCUUAUGGAUCAUGGUAUAACUAUGAGUUAGAAAUGGAACGAGCAGCAGACGACUUUCCAGAGACGAUUUUUACCUGUUAUUAUGAAGAUAUGAAAAAGGAUCCUGUCAGAGAAAUAAAGAAACUUGCAGAUUUUCUUGGUACACCAUGUUCAGACGACACAUUAGAAAAGAUUGCCAAAGAAACAUCAUUUGGAAAUAUGCAGAAAAACAAAUUUGAUAUCACAGUGAUUGUAGAUGGCAAAGGGUUCAUUUAUCGGAAAGGUGAAAUAGGAGAUUGGAAAAAUCAUUUUACAGUCGCACAAAAUGAGAAAUUUGAUGCUCAAUACAAAGAAGAAAUGAAAGACAGUAAAUACAAGAUAACAUUUGAAUGAAAUAAUGUGUAUAAACUUUGCAAAUGAAAUUGAAAGGCUAGCCAGUUCCAAAUUGUAUACAGAGCGGCCGAAAUUGUACUAUCGAGAUGUUAUGGCAAGAUGAAUAAAUAAAGCGUAUCAUCUAGUUU